UAAAUAAAAGAAAUAUUCAUGUUUGAAUACCAAAGUCGUGCUCUUUUAGGCAAGUACAUGUAUUCUUAUAGUACAUCGUGUUCACUGAAUCACUGUACACCAUUGUCCAACGUCUAAAUUGUGACUAUGGAUACUAACCUAACUUCGGAGUAAAAGAUGCGAGGUAGAUAGAGAGAGAGAGGGGUAGAAGUUAGAAGUAUAUUCCAUUUCCCAAUUCAUAUGAAAUUAUGAUGCACACAAACAUGAGACAAUUCUCUUUCUUUUCCCACCAAUCCCUUCAGAGACUGACAUGCAGAGAAACUGCAUAUUUUGAGUAGACUGUCUCAUCUCACAUUUUCUCUCUGUCUUAUCUCUUUCUGUUUCCCAAGCCCAUACAUUCAUCCCCUUCUUCUUCAAUGCAACUUCACCCUUCCCUUUCUUUUUUCUUGUAUUUAUAAACAAAUAAACUUCCCUUCUUCAUAAUUCAAAACCAUCAUCAUCUAAACAAAUUAAAACACAACCUUUCUUCUCUUCUAUCUUCAUUCAGUUUUCUGAUCGAGUACCUCUGCUUCUUAAUUCUCUUCAAGGGAUGGAGAAACAAGAGAGUGGUGAAACAAGCAACAAUAGUAUGGAUGAGAGGGCCAAGGUUUUCCCUUGUAUGUUUUGUUCAAGGAAGUUUUACAGCUCACAAGCUUUGGGAGGCCAUCAAAAUGCUCACAAAAAGGAGAGGAUUGCAGCAAGAAAAGCCAAAAGGGCAUCUGAAUUUUCUCUUAUCAACGCGUUCUCGCCACCACAAUCGAUGUCGUCGAUAAUUUUCGCCGGGAACCACCAUCAGCAACCCCAUAUGGCCCUACUUAGUAGCCCACCACCACCGCCAAUGUACAUUACAUCCCAUGCUGCCAACAUAUCCCACUUUCCUUCUAGUACUCAGCUUUGUGACCCAUUUGGGCCUGGUGGGCCAACUCGGUUUCCAAAUAUGGUGGUUUAUAACAACAAUGGUGGGACUGGCCCAAUUAGUCCAUAUUCAUCAUUUUGUGAGGAGGAUCAUGACCAAAAUAUGAUGAAUUGGCAAAGAGGGUUAAGACAUAGUGGGCCCAAUAAUGUAACUUCAAUGCAAGUGUUGAAAAAGAAUAUGGAGAAUUUUGGGAGAGAUUGUCAUAAAGAGAUGGAAAUGAAACUUGAUUUGUCUUUGCACUUGUAAAAAAAAGUUUUAAGGUUGGAAGCUUUGUAUUUUCAGAUUGUUUAGAACUUUAAUUAUGAUUAGGCUAUAUGCCUUAAAUUUUGGCAAAGUGAGAGAAAUGUGAUAGUAAGGAGUUAUGAGUAAAACAUAGAUGAAUAAAUAUAUGUUCUAUUAUACUA